AUGACGGACAGCAUGACAACCGAGCCAUCUCCAACGAUGGCUCUUCCAAAGGAUUUCAAAUCGAUCCGGGAAAUCUCUGAUAUGGACGCCAUUCUAGUAGCAAAACAAAAGCCAUUUGUCAACGUUGUUGGCUUGAUCAGAGACUACCAGCCUCCAAGGCAGACUGGGGGCGCAGAUUGGAAAAUGACCCUUACAAUUGUCGAUCAGUCUAUCGAGGAAUCAUAUGACGUGGACAUUAUGAAGCUUAACGUUUUCUUACCUCGGCCAGACAUGCCGGUCAUUGCUGGUGUGGCACAGCCUAUCCUUAUUAGGAACUGUAGAGUCCAAAUACAUUCAGGCGCUAUCUCUCUGAUUACGAACUAUCGUACCGAAAUCCACGUAUUUCCAGUGCAAAUUCCCACAGACCCGGCUCUUCCUCAGCCGACAUCAAAACGUGGCAAGGUCAACAUAGAAGAAGUCAGAUACGUUGCUUGGCUACAAACUAAUAUUCAAAGAGGUGCAUUCCCAGAUUCCAGAGAAUUCCAGGAAAGAGUAGUCCAGGCAACAAAUCUCAAAGUAAAAUCUUGCGAGCUGAAGGAUGCUCGGCCAGGGAUGUUUGGUGACAUCGUUGGGGAGGUUAUCCACAUGUUUGAUGUGUCCGAUCGAACCACUGUGUAUGUUACCGACUACACAAGCAAUAAGAACUUCUACAACCACGUCAUGCCAGGUGUACACCCGAUUUUGGAAGGGCGGGAUGGAGAUGAUUUCGGGUAUUCCAACCCGAAGAUGAUCAAUAAGUCAAAGACGAAUGAAUGGAAGGGCCCAUACGGUAAAAUGUCUAUCCAACUUACAGCGUUUGAUGAGCACAGCGAGCGAUUCAGAGACCAUGUAAAAGUUGGAAACUGGGUGAAGCUGUUAAACGUUCAUUUUGAGUUCCCAAAAACUGGCGGUCACCUGGAGGCGAAGCUUCGUACUGAUCGACGUGCCCACGCAGGCAAGCUCCAAGUGGAAGUUCUUGCCCCACCUGAGAACAAGGAAGAUAUGGAUUAUAUGUGGAAAAACGCACUACGCCGCAAAAGACACUACCAAGAGACAGUCAAGAAGCAGAAGCGCGAGUUCGAACAAGAAAUUGAAGAAGUUACCGGAAAGCGCAAGCGUGAUGACGAUGAUGAGCCUGUGAAGAUGAACGGAAAGCUUCGGCGGAAGGAGAAGAGAAAGGCAAUGCAAGAAAAACUUCAACAGAAGUCUAAGAUUGAGUCUGGCCAAGGAAAGCCCGUCGCCGACACGCCAGCAGAGGAUAAAACUGCACUGAAUACUGCUGUGAGAUGCCACAAGCAGACAUCACCGGCCAUUCCUCUGGCGCUAAUACUCAAUAACCGCCGCAGUGUGCCCGGUAGCAUAGACGGUGGGAAUCAAACAUAUGCACCUUUCGUCAACGCCAACUAUCGCGCCAACCUCCGCGUCACCGACUUCUUCCCUCACAAACUCGAAGAUUUCUCAGUUGGUAGAAAGCCAAACGAAUUUGACUGUCUCUCUGACUUCGACCCUACGUCGGAUGAAGAGGAUGAUAUUAAUACUGUCGGUAAAGACAUUGAUGACUUUGUACUCCGUGAUAAUGACCAUCUACAGUGGAGUUGGCGAUUCGCAUUACAGGUCGAAGAUGCAAGUCCAUCCGAAAGCGGAACAAAAGAGCGUGUUUGGGUUUUAAUCGAUAAUGAGUCAGGGCAGUUUCUAUUGACUGAAAAUGCUGCGAAUCUCCGCACCACGCCCGAUGUCCUUGCUGCUGUGCGCGAGAGGCUCUUUGUGCUAUGGGGCGACUUGGAGGAAAGCAAGGCUGCUUACCUGAACAGCGCCGAAGGAAAGAUCCUUCUCCCGCGGUCACUAGAGUCGCCCAACUUGUCACGAGACGUUUCGCCACCUCCUAAGAUCCCCCAGAAGCGUAUAUCUCGACCUGGGGAACAGCCGCCAGAUAGUGACGAAGAAACGCCUGCAGUCGAACCACCCCCCCAAAAAGCACCUGUGGAGCGAGAUCCAAACUCAUUGGAAAGUAUUAAAAAGGCUACUCCCAAACAAGCAGCUGCACGUCUGUCUGCGAAGCUGAGGGAAAUUGGAGACCAGGCCCAAAAUAAGCCUUUCUGCGGAUGCAUUCGAGAGUAUGGCAUCAAAGUUAAGGUUGAUGAACCAGCUUUGGGUGAAGAAAACGAGGACGACGAAGAUGACAAUGAUCAAAGCCAGCGAACAGAAAAGCCGGCGGUAGCGACAAAGUGGGAAAGAAAGUUUGGGCUUCAUGGGACGAUAAUUAUAUAA